CCGCCAUGUUGUGGGGCUGAGCCGCCGCGGGAGGCGGAGGAGCCGCAGCCCGAGCGGAGCCGCCGCUCUGGGGCAGCGCAACAGAUGGCUAAGAGCUAGCAAGGCAGAGCCGGGACCAUGAUGGCUCAGUUUCCCACGGCCAUGAACGGAGGUCCAAACAUAUGGGCCAUCACCUCCGAAGAGCGGGCCAAGCAUGACAAGCAGUUUGAUAGCCUUAAACCCACGGGAGGCUACAUUACAGGUGAUCAAGCACGUACCUUUUUUUUGCAAUCAGGACUACCAGCUUCAAUCCUUGCUGAAAUAUGGACACUAUCAGACCUGAACAAGGAUGGAAAAAUGGAUCAACAGGAGUUCUCUAUAGCCAUGAAACUCAUCAAGCUGACAUUGCAAGGACAGCACUUGCCUGCAGUUCUCCCUCCUGUCAUGAAACAAGCUCCAGUAUUUUCGCCACUAAUGUCUGCUCGCUUUGGAAUGGGUAGUAUGCCAAAUCUGUCCAUGCCAACAUCUGUGUCUACGAUCACACCAUUAGCUCCCAUGUCUCUGGCUUCCAUGACUUCCAUUCCUCCUUUGGUUAUUUCUGCUCCCCUGGUGCCUUCUGUCAGUACCUCCUCGUUGCCAAAUGGAACAUCCAGCCUUCUGCAGCCUUUGUCCGUACCUUUCUCUUCAACGCUGCCUCAUACUGGUUCUUUAGGUCCUGUGGCAGGAGGGUUUGGUGGUUCUAAUAUACAGAAGGCACAGUCUCUCAUUGAUUUAGGAUCUAGCAGUUCAAAUUCUUCCUCUAGUGCAUCACUAGCUGGGAAUUCACCAAAGAUUACAACCUCAGACUGGGCAGUUCCUCAGGCCUCCAGAUUAAAAUACAGACAGAAAUUUAACAGUCUUGACAAAAGUAUGAGUGGAUAUUUAUCAGGAUUUCAAGCAAGGAAUGCCCUUCUGCAAUCAAACCUUUCACAGACUCAGCUGGCUACUAUUUGGUCACUGGCUGAUAUUGAUGGAGAUGGGCAGCUGAAGGCUGAUGAGUUUGUGCUGGCCAUGCACCUCACAGACAUGGCCAAAGCUGGGCAACCACUGCCACUGACUCUGCCUCUCGAGCUGGUACCACCUUCCUUCAGGAGUGGAAAAUAUACUGAAAAUAUAAAUGGAACUCUGCCAUCUUACCAGCCUGUGCAAGAGGAGGAGCCACAGAAAAAACAGCCAGUGACAUUUGAGGACAAAAGGAAAGCCAACUAUGAGAGGGGAAAUAUGGAGCUGGAAAAACGCCGCCAGGUCCUGCUGGAGCAGCAACAGAGAGAGGCUGAACGCAAGGCUCAGAAAGAGAGAGAAGAACAAGAGCGAAGGGAGAGGGAACGUCAGGAACAGGAACGGAAAAGACAGCUCGAAAUGGAAAGGCAGCUGGAGAGACAACGAGAGCUGGAAAGACAAAGGGAAGAAGAAAGGAGGAAAGAAAUAGAAAGGCGGGAGGCAGCAAAGCAAGAACUUGAGCGCCAGCGACGAUUGGAAUGGGAGAGAAUUCGUCGCCAAGAACUUCUUAAUCAACGUAACAGGGAACAAGAAGAAAUUGUCAAGUUGACCUCUAAAAAGAAGAGCCUCAAUCUUGAAUUAGAAGCUCUGACCGACAAACAUAAGCAAAUCUCAGGCAGACUGCAAGAUAUUCGUAGCAAAAAGCAAGCUAGAAAAACUGAACUGGAGGCUUUAGAUAGGAAAUAUGACCAAGGAAUCAUGGAAGUCAAGCAACUACAACAACAGCUUGAGGAUUAUCAGAAUAAACUAAUUUAUUUGGUUCCUGAAAAGCAGUUGUUAAAUGAAAGGAUAAAAAAUGCUCAACUUGAAAACACUCAGAGUACAGGAGUCAGUUCAGUGACCAAGAAGUCCGUAGAAAAGGAAGAAUUAUGCCAAAGACUUAAGGAACAAUUAGAUGCCCUUGAGAAGGAAACUGCUUCUAAACUUGCUGAAAUGGAUGAAUUUAACAGUCAGCUUAAGUGUGAGAAUAUGGAUGAUUCUGUUCUUCAGUGCCUUUUGUCUCUGCUAAGCUGUCUCAACAACCUCUUCCUCUUACUUAAGGACCUGAGAGAAAGUUACAGCACACAGCAAUUAGCCUUGGAGCAGCUCCACAGGAUCAAACAGGACAAAAUAAGGGAGAUAGAAAAAAGAAGAACUGAACUUGUACAGCAGAAGAGACUGGAAGAUGAGGCUGCAAGGAAAGCAAAACGGGAGAAGGAGAACCGAUGGCAGGAAAAUAUUCGAAGGGAAGAGGAAGAGAAAAAGAAGCGACUGGAGGAAGACCGGAUGCAGGAAAAAGUCCAAGAAAAGCUGAAAGCUGAAGAAGCACUUGCUCAGAUGAGAGAAAGGGAAAACAAACAACAGCUUCUUGCAGAGGAGGAGAAAAGUAGACAAGCCACAAUCCUGAGGGAGGCAGAACAACAAAGGCAGAGGCAACUGGAAGAAGAUAAAAGAAAGCAAGAACAAAUAGCAAAAGAAGCUGAGGAGAGGCGUAAGCAGAAUGAAGAAAUGAAAAAGAUAAAAGAAGCAACCAACUCUCAAGAGAUGGAGAAACACACUUCUAAAAUAAACAUAAAUGAAAAGUUUGCAGAUCUUUUGAAACCAACAGAGGGUAAAAGUCUUAAGCCACCCUGGAAAAAUGAAGGCAAUGCAGUUACUGUUGCAGAGUCCAGGAAUUCUGUUGCCUUGGUAAAUUACAGAGCGUUGUAUCCAUUUGAAGCAAGGAACCACGAUGAGAUGAGCUUUAAUACUGGGGAUGUAAUUCAGGUUGAUGAAAAAACUGUGGGAGAGCCUGGUUGGCUUUAUGGGAGUUUUCAAGGACAUUUUGGUUGGUUUCCAUGCAAUUAUGUAGAAAAAAUACCAGAAGGAGAAAAAGCUUUAUCUCCUAAGAAAGCCUUACUUCCUCCUACAGUAUCUUUAUCUACUACCUCAGCUGCUUCAGAACCACUUUCACCAAGUAAAUCUGCGGAAGAAUCUGAUUACCAAAACAUCCCCUUUUCUAGCCUGAAUGUUAAUACAGCCUGGCAACAGAAAUCAGCUUUUACUCGCACUGUGUCCCCUGGAUCUGUUUCACCCGUUCACGGGCAGGGGCAGCCUGUCGAGAACCUAAAAGCACAAGCACUUUGCUCUUGGACUGCAAAAAAAGAUAACCACUUGAAUUUUUCAAAGAAUGAUAUCAUUACUGUCCUGGAGCAGCAGGAGAACUGGUGGUUCGGAGAGGUACAUGGAGGAAGGGGUUGGUUUCCAAAGUCGUAUGUCAAGCUCUUACCUGGGAGUGAAAUCAAGAAAGAGGACUUCAUAGUGUGUCAAGUGAUAGCCAUGUACGAUUACACGGCGAACAAUGAGGAUGAGCUCAGUUUCUCCAAGGGGCAGCUGAUUAAUGUACUGAACAAAGAUGAUGCUGACUGGUGGCAAGGAGAAAUCAGUGGUGUGACAGGUCUCUUCCCCUCAAACUAUGUGAAGAUGACCACGGAUUCCGAUCCAAGUCAGCAGUGGUGUGCUGAUCUCCAGAGCCUUGACACCAUGCAGCCAAUGGAAAGGAAGAGGCAGGGCUACAUUCACGAGCUCAUUCAGACGGAGGAAAGGUACAUGGAUGAUCUGCAGCUCGUCGUAGAGGUUUUCCAAAAACCAAUGGCUGAUUCGGGCUCUCUCACAGAAGGAGAAAUGGGGCUGAUCUUUGUUAACUGGAAGGAACUCAUCAUGUCAAAUACAAAGUUACUGAAAGCCUUGCGGGUGCGUAAGAAAACGGGAGGAGAGAAGAUGCCGGUGCAGAUGAUCGGGGACAUCCUGGCAGCAGAGCUGUCCCACAUGCAGGCCUACAUCCGGUUCUGCAGCUGCCAGCUCAACGGAGCGUCGCUGCUGCAGCAGAAAACUGAUGAAGAUGCUGAUUUCAAAGACUACUUAAAGAAACUUGCGUUGGACCCUCGCUGCAAAGGAAUGCCCCUCUCCAGUUUCCUCCUGAAACCAAUGCAAAGGAUUACACGCUACCCUCUGCUCAUAAAGAGUAUUCUAGAGAACACUCCAGAAAGCCACCCGGAUCACAGUACCCUGAAGCUGGCCCUGGAGCGUGCGGAGGAGCUGUGCUCCCAGGUGAACGAAGGGGUGCGGGAGAAGGAGAACUCGGACAGGCUGGAAUGGAUACAGUCCCACGUCCAGUGCGAAGGCCUUGCUGAGCAACCUGUGUUCAACUCCCUCACAAACUGCCUGGGACCACGGAAGCUUCUGCACAGUGGGAAGCUGUACAAGGCCAAGAGCAGUAAGGAGCUGUACGGAUUCCUUUUCAAUGACUUCCUCCUGCUCACCUACAUGGUUAAACAGUUUGUGUCUUCUGGCUCCGAUAAACUGUUCAGCCCCAAAUCCAACUCCCAGUUCAAAAUGUACAAGAUGCCGGUUUUCCUUAAUGAAGUCCUGGUGAAACUGCCCACAGACCCUUCAAGUGAUGAGCCAGUUUUCCACAUAUCACACAUCGACAGAGUUUACACACUUAAAACUGACAACAUCAACGAGCGUACUGCUUGGGUCCAGAAAAUCAAAGCGGCGUCAGAGCAGUACAUCGAAACAGAGAAGAAGAAACGUGAAAAGGCUUAUCAAGCUCGCUCGCAGAAAACCUCAGGAAUAGGACGUUUGAUGGUGCACGUGAUUGAAGCAACAGAACUAAAGGCCUGUAAACCCAAUGGGAAGAGCAACCCGUACUGUGAGAUCAGCAUGGGCUCGCAGAGCUACACUACCAGAACCAUGCAGGACACCCUGAACCCCAAGUGGAACUUCAACUGCCAGUUCUUCAUCAAGGACCUGUAUCAGGAUGUUCUGUGUAUCACCAUGUUUGACAGGGAUCAGUUCUCACCCGAUGAUUUUUUGGGUCGCACCGAAGUUCCAGUAGCAAAAAUCCGAACAGAACAAGAGAGCAAAGGCCCCAUGACUAAACACUUACUGCUGCAUGAAGUUCCAACUGGAGAAGUCUGGGUUCGCUUUGACCUGCAGCUCUUUGAUCAGAAAGGACUCUUCUAAGAACACCUUUUCUUAAUUUAUGAAGGACAACUUAAGCUGACAGACUGAAUAUCUUUUGGUAAAAGAUUCCUUGCCCCACGCUGGUUAUUAAGCAAGAGUUCCUGCUGCCUCCGUGUUUCCUUUUAGUUCCUGCUUGUGCUUAGUUCCUUGCAGUGUUCCCAGUUGUUGUUGAUCUAUGCAAACACGAAUGUUACUGUAUAUACAGUACUAUAGCUCAGUGCCUUUUUAUUAUGUUGGAAUAUCUUGGGUUUGGAUGCCAAUGUUUCCAUUUUCAGGGCCAUAAAAAGUAUUAAGUAGAAAUGUGGCACCAAGCUGUUUGUAUAUUUUACCACUUGGUCUGACAGACAGACUGAGGAAUGGUUUAAGCUCAGCACUGGAAUCAUUCCAUUUGAAAUCCUAAAAGUGAUAUCCACUGGAAUCUUCCCGUCUCAGGAUGAUGGUUUUAAAGGUAAAAUGCUGAAGAAGCCUUAGCACUGGAGAAGUCUCCGAUAUAUUGUAAAUUCUUUAAGAAUCAAGUGUAGUUCUUUACUUGACUUAGUUCUGCACUGGAAUCAGUAACUGCUACUUGAUUUUAAUUUCUGCUUCAGUUUGAUUCAUCAUUCUCUGCUAAGACAAUGUUGUUGUGAAGAAUAACUAGAAAAAAUAUUUUAAAUACUGUGACCCACAAUAAUGUGGCAAAAUACUCUUCAGCUUUUGGGUUUUUUUUCCUAAAUAUAAGUUAUUUGUGUACAUUUCCUUGGUCUUGCAGACCUCCAUGUGAAUCUUGAAGCUUUGACAUUGCCAACAUGUAUAUAGAGAGUAAAAUAUAAGUUUAUUAAUGUAA